GCGCGAUGAUUUGGUCUUGGAUGUUUCAUUUGAUCUUGGAUGUAGUAAGCGACGUACGAAGCACAGGGCCCUGGUUCCUCUCAAACAGAUGCAUGGUUAGGGUUCCUCGGGGAUGGCUAUUUAAGUAACUGUGCAUCAGUUUGACUCUUUCUGUUUUUUUUAAAUAACUUCUGCGGAAGCUUUAUUUUGUCGAGAGCUGAUCUGCCACCGGAAGCAGUUUUCCUUCAAGUUAACUUGACGUCAUGUGAUCGGACUGAGGACGAGUUUGUCUCGGGACUUUUCUCCGGCCCUUCAGCGCUCCGCCGCCCUCUGUUUGUUUGUUUUUGUUCCUUUCUUUGUUUGUUUGCUGACGUCACGCCGCAGAGGAGGAACACAGCGCGCAGACUCUGAACCAGGACCGGACCCGGCCAGUUAUCAAUUCAAAGCUCCGAAGUGUCAGAAGCGGCUCGUGCUCAGGGACCGUUUCCGCGGUCUGAGCGAAUCCUCUCUCGCUCCCAGUCCUCCCAGCAUGAGCGUCCAGCCCCGGCGUGUCCGCCUGAAGCCCUGGCUGCUGGCUCAGGUGAACAGCGGCAGGUACCCCGGUCUGCAGUGGCUCAGCGCGGACCACCGCCUCUUCCAGAUCCCCUGGAAACACGCCACGCGCCACACGCCCGUGUCAGACGAGGAGAACACCAUCUUCAAGGCAUGGGCUCUAGAGACGGGGAAGUACCAGGAGGGAGUAGAUGAACCCGACCCUGCCAAGUGGAAGGCAAAUCUGCGCUGUGCUCUGAACAAAAGCCGCGAGUUUCAGCUGAAGUAUGAUGGCACCAAAGAGACGCCGGUCCAGCCGUACAAGAUCUACGAAGUGUGCGAGCACCCCGGGAGCACAGACGGCGCUGAGGACGAUGACGAGGAGAUGCCGAACCUGAUGGACCUCUCCAUCAACCCCAGGCUGAGUGACUCCGCCCCCUUUGCCUCCUUCCCGGCUCCCUCAGAGAUGAACCAGUUCAGCCUACCCCCUAACGGGACAUUUGGACCACCGCAUAUCCCAGUGCCUCUGCUUCCUGACAUCACCAUGACCUCUGAUCUCCAGGGUCAGGCACACUUCCUCCAUAAUAGACUUCAGGAUCUGAACGCUGCCACUGCGCAACCAGAGCCGGACCUAAUGGAGGCCAGCGGCAUGGUGGGCGUCGAGAACCAGGCAGAGCCUCAGAACCACCAGCCCUGCAAGUACGACCUGCUGAGCAGCGUCCCACUAACAGAUCUGGACCUGAAGUUCCAGUACCGGGGCCGUACAAUGGGCUCUCUGACCGUCAGUAACCCUCAGGGCUGCCGGCUGUACUACGGACACCUGGAACCGACCCCAGAGCAGGUGGACCUGUUCGGACCUGUCAACCUCCAGCAGGUGCUGUUCCCGGGAACAUCAGAGAUGCAGAACGAGAAACAGCGAUUUUACACCGAGGCCUUGCUGGACGUGAUGGACCGCGGCCUGAUCCUGGAGAUCUGUGAGCAGGACAUUUACGCCGUCCGCCUUUGCCAGUGUAAGGUGUUCUGGUCUGGACCGGGCAUGCCAGAACACGGCCCGUCCAACCCCAUGGAGAGAGAGAAGAAGAUCAAGGUCUUCAGCCUCAAUGACUUCCUGCAAGGGCUGAUCUUGUUCCAGAAAGGCGAAGCCCCGAAUCCGCCGCCCUUCGAGAUCUACUUCUGCUUCGGGGAGGACUGGCCCGACAAUAAACCCAAAGAGAAGAAGCUCAUCAUGGUGCAGGUGAUUCCUGUGGUGGCCCGGAUCCUGACAGAGAUGUUCUCCGGAGAGCUGAGCUGGUCCACGGACAGCAUCCGGCUGCAGAUCUCAAACCCCGAUGUGAAGGAUCAGACGGUGGCACAGUUCAAAGAGUUGCAGAGUAUCCUGCAGAGCCAAAACAUCCAAGGACCCUGGAACCCCACCGGCCCCUGAACCAGGGGCCCUGGACCCGACACAGACACUGCUUACUGCACCCUCCCCCAAACAGUAGGAAACCCUGACUGGAGGGAAGGUGCAGCUGUACAGAAACUGAACAUUUGAGACAAACGGGUGGAGGUCUGCAGGUGUAUUCCCUGUUCUGUUGUCAUGCCGACACCUUUCUGGGAGGUUUCUAUGUUCAAAUUUCAAUAAAGGCCGUUGCAGUAUUCUCACACCAGGUGUUUUUGUUUUUAGACCAGGUAAUAGGUCUAGCAGGCCUGAGAGGGUCAGACUCUACUUCGGUGUUUACCUGUUCAGGUAAAACCUGAAGCAUCAAUUUAAAUGCACUAAAUGAGUGAGCCAGUGUUUUGAUGCCUGACUGAACCUGCAGGUGUCUGCUUUUGGGCUGUGAGUAAAUAAGAAUUUAAUAAUCAGUAGUUUCAGUCUUGGAAAAAUAUGCCAUACACCUGAACCUUCCUGCUCACCUGACCUGCAGCUCCAGAAUCAGCAUGACCUGUGUCUGUUUACAUCAGAAAUAAUCAAAUGUUUUUUGUAUUUUGAAUAAAGACGAUGGUUUGAAUGA